AUGACAGAAGAAACUGAUUUAGUAUGUCCAAUAACAUUGGAAAUCUUUCGUAAUCCCGUUAAAGCAACAGAUGGACAUAUCUAUGAAAGAGACGCAAUUGAAAAAUGGAUUGUUGAUCAUGGAACAAGUCCAAUUACGAGAGAAACAUUGAAAAUCAAUGAAUUAAUUCCUCAAAAUGAAUUAAAACGAAUUUGUUUAGAAAAAAGAAAAUUAAGUGUUUCAUACGAUCCAAAUGAAGAAAAAGUCACUUUGCCAAGAUUAAAUUAUAUUGUAACAAAUACAAUUCGAAUAAAUCCUUUGAAUAAUCAACAACAAUCGAAUUUCAAUUUGACAAAUUUAUCAAAUCCAAUUUGUUUCUUCUUAAUUUUAUUUUCAUUUAUUUUUCCAAUUUCAUUUCUUAUUGGAAUUACUCAAGGUUUAACAAAUUCAUUUGUUCAAGAUGUUGACGUAAGUACAACGUAUUCAGAUACAUUAUCAACCAAUGAUUCGAUUUAUACUCAAAAUGGAACAAUUUAUCCUGGAAAUUAUUCUUAUAAAACAAUUGAAAUUGUCAUUUCAACAAACGGAUUUUAUGGUUUAGAAAUUCAAAGUCAAUCUUCAACAAGUAUCGAUGGAUUUCUUUAUAAGAAUUCCUUUAAUUCAAGUGAUUUAUCAAUGAAUUUAGUUUCAUUAAUUUAUAAAGAUAAAAAAUACUCGCAAACUUAUCUCGGAAAUUAUUUCUUUCAAACAGAUAAAUAUAUUUUGAUGAUAACAACUUAUUUCUGCUGUCAAUAUGGACCUUUUCAAAUUUUAAUUACUGGACCAAAUUCAGUUCUAUUCAGAUAA